AUGAUGCACAACGCAGUGUUGACCAACUUCCUCUUGCAGCUAUGCCUCGCAUUAUUGGCCGUUGCCGCACCUGCGUCUGACCCUGUCGUCGGCGCCGCAGCUCACGGCAACACCUGGCAGUACGGCACUGGUGGCGGCAUCCUUGGAUUCAUAGUCCUUGUCUUGGACAUCAUCGUAUUUCUUGAGGUUCUGAAGUCCGAUCGACCUGUCAGUCACAAGGUUCUGUGGUGCUUGGUUGUCUUCCUCUUCCCGAUCGUCGGCAUGAUCAUCUACUGGCUAUUCUCGAACCGCGCCGCUCACAACUCUCGUUCUGGAUACGAGGCCGUUGCGUAA